AUGAUGAAUCUCGGGCGUAUCAAACUGCCUCCGAUAAAAAAUGUGCUAGAUGUGGCCCUUCAGACUGUGAGACAGCAGGUGCCCGACAAACCCGGCGCCCCGUCAAGACCACCACAAAAUGUCCGUUUUGCAAAUGCAGAUAUGGGCGAAAGUUGCGAGCUAUCCACAAUGAAUGAAACGACGUCCCCGACCUAUCAAUCUACGAAUCCAACUAACCCAUUUCUUAGCGGACAGCUCCAAGCUGAAGACUCCUUUACAAGUUACCAGAAUACAUACCCUCAGCAAGAUGGAGCACCCAGAACGCAAAGCAUGCAAAGCGUUGAUUUCUAUGCAUCAUCUGAGGAAGGAGGUUUUGAAGAAGGAGGGGGCAAGCCGGGUGCUAAGAUUAACGAAUUUCAAGCCGCUUGGAACGUUACUAAUGCCAUCCAGGGUAUGUUUGUGGUGUCUCUACCAUUUGCCGUGCUUCAAGGAGGUUAUUGGGCUAUCGCUGCCAUGAUCGGAAUUGCCCAUAUUUGCUGCUACACCGGCAAGAUCCUUGUUGAAUGUCUCUAUGAAGAUGACCCCGUAUCAGGACAACGUGUUCGCGUCCGCGAUUCAUAUGUCAGUAUUGCAAAGGAGUGUUUUGGAAGAAAGUACGGCGCCAGGAUCGUCAAUAUCGCUCAGAUUAUCGAACUUCUAAUGACAUGUAUACUGUACGUCGUUGUGUGCGGAGAUCUCAUGAUAGGUACUUUCCCCGAUGGAUCCAUUGAUACACGAUCUUGGAUGAUGCUGAUCGGUAUAUUCUUACUGCCUCUAGCUUUUCUCAAGUCUCUGAAAAGCGUCAGCAUGCUAUCAUUCUGGUGUACUAUGAGUCAUUUGAUUAUAAACGCCAUCGUACUCGGUUAUUGCAUUCUCAAUAUCGGCGAUUGGGGUUGGUCAAAGGUUAAGUGGACGUUAGAUUUCGAGAAUUUCCCUAUAAGCUUAGGUGUCAUCGUCUUCUCGUAUACCUCUCAAAUAUUUCUGCCGACUUUAGAAGGGAAUAUGGAGGAUAGAUCUCGUUUCGAAUGGAUGUUAAACUGGUCACACAUCGCAGCAGCUGCUUUCAAAUCUAUCUUUGGAUAUUUGUGCUUUCUGACUUUCCAAAACGACACACAACAAGUGAUCACUAAUAAUCUUCGUUCAGCCGGUUUCAAAGGUUUGGUUAAUUUCUUCCUUGUGGUUAAAGCUGUACUUAGCUAUCCCCUUCCUUACUACGCAGCUUGUGAUUUACUGGAAAGGGUCCUCUUUAGAGGUAAACCAAAGACGAUUUUCCCGACUAUUUAUGCUUUAGAUGGUGAAUUAAAAGUCUGGGGAUUGGCUUGGCGACUGGGUGUUAUAAUGUUCACAAUAUUAAUGGCAAUUUUCAUACCGCAUUUCGCCAUACUUAUGGGUUUCAUCGGCAGUUUUACGGGGACUAUGCUCAGUUUUAUUUGGCCAGCAUAUUUCCAUCUUAAAUUGAAGGGCAACCAGUUAGAAAGUUCCACCAUCGCUUACGACUACUUCAUAAUAUCUCUCGGAGUGCUGUUUGGUGUUAUUGGCAUGUAUGAUUCGGGUUCAGCAUUAAUUAAAGCUUUCAAAAUAGGCUUGCCGUUCUAA